GAAGCGCCUCCUCUCGGGCGGAGACACCUCCUAGAAGUCGACGCCCGCGUCCCGCCGCGAGGCCAGUGACCACAGGCGGCGAUUUCCACCGCCUCGCGGACUUGUGUGGCUGCCAGGGCGCGGAGUAUGGGGCGCUGACGGUCAUGGACGGCUACAGGGGCUUUCUGGGGCUGCUGGUCUCCGCGCUGCUUGUCGGCUUCCUCUCCGUCCUCUUCACCCUCAUCUGGGUCCUCCACUACCGGGAGGGGCUCGGCUGGGACGGGACCAAGCUCGAAUUUAACUGGCACCCGGUGCUCAUGGUCACCGGCUUCGUUUUCAUCCAGGGCAUCGCCAUCAUCGUAUACAGACUACCAUGGACCUGGAAAUGCAGCAAGCUCCUGAUGAAAUCCAUCCAUGCAGGGUUAAAUGCGAUUGCUGCAAUUCUUGCAAUUAUAUCUCUGGUGGCUGUUUUUGAUUUCCACAAUGCCUUAAAAAUUCCAAAUAUGUACAGUCUGCAUAGUUGGGUUGGACUGACAGCUGUCAUACUCUACAUCCUACAGCUUCUCCUAGGUGUUUUCAUCUUUCUGCUUCCUUGGGCUCCACUCUCUCUCCGAGCAUUUCUCAUGCCAAUCCACGUUUAUUCUGGGCUUCUCAUCUUUGGAACGGUGAUUGCCACAGCACUUAUGGGAGUGACCGAGAAGCUGAUUUUUUCCCUGCAAAAACCUGCAUACAGUUCAUUUCCACCAGAAGGUAUUUUCACAAAUACCCUCGGCCUUCUGAUUCUGGUGUUUGGAGCCCUCAUUUUUUGGAUCGUCACCAGACCCCAAUGGAAACGUCCUAAAGAACCAAACACUGUCCUUCUUCAGCCAAACGGAGACACUGCAGAGGGAGUGGACGGUUCCAUGGCAAUAAACGUCAGCAACAUGGACAAAUCAGAUUCAGAGUUAAACAGUGAAGCUGCAGCAAGGAAAAGAAACUUUGCCCUUGACGAAGCUGGCCAGAGAUCCACCAUGUAAAAUGGAGAAGUGCAGUCGUAUGACUCACUUUUAAAAACUAGCUCUACCAUAUAACUUCUGUUUAGUCAUAUGGUGAUUGCGCUCCAUAGAGUCAAUAGGUCAUUAAGUAUUAAAAUACUUAUUUUAAUUAUAAAGUAGGAUUUCUUAAAAGGGUUUUUAUUGAUUGAGGCCUAUGAAUUUAUCUGAAUUGGAAAGGAGAUAAUCAAUGUAAAUAAUAGCUGAUAUAAGUGUGGUUCUGUUACUUUUUCCCUGUUGAGGACCAAAGCGUUUAGCACAGUGCCUUGCCUAGAACAGAUAAUGAAAAUGUGUCUUUUGGUUUGUAAAUUUGAUAAACUGGCCACAUAUCUGGCUUUUUGUCAUAUAGUUAUUUCCUCUAAUUCUGGGAGUCCAAUGCUUUCAGAACUAGGUAGAACCAGUCCUAGAAUUUUAGAAACAGAUCACAAAUAUCAGAGACAGGGUUUAUGCUAUGUAGAUACCAUGACUAGGAUAAAGAGAAGAAAAAAGAGGAAAGAUAAUUAGUUCCCUUCUUCCUGUGCCUGCCCUCAGCUCCCGGCUGGUUUGGGCUCAGAUUGGCCCUGGGUUUAUAUUUGUAGGGUAUUUUGGAGCAGUAACUGGGCCAAAAGUAGUUGAAGAGAUCUUAUCUGCUCAGACCUGGAAGUUUUUCUAAAACUUGAUUUAGUCCCAAGCUUUUGGUGUUCUUUAUGAUCCAGAUUCCAAAACUAAUUGGAGUGAGAAUAUGCUUGAAUGCUUAAGCAGCCUAAAUUGCUCUAGCAACCUCAAAGAGCACUUUUCCCAAGUUUCUGUUUUUAUUUUUAAAAGUACUUACAUGGCACUUAGUGUAUGUCAGACACUAUUCUAAGCACCUUGUAAAUAUGUGCUCAUUCGGUCCCCCAACAAACCUUAUGAGGUAGAUACUGUUGUAAUCUCCAAUUUGCAGAUGAGCAAUCUAAAGCUUGGGGAGAUUGGUAACUUGCCCCAAGGUCCAAGAUUCAUAAUUGGUAGAACUGAAAUUCAAAUCCAGCUGUCUGAUUCCUCAGUCCAUCAUCCCAACCAGUCUACUACCUCGUUUGUUUGUUUUUUCUGUUUUAUAGUAAUUCACAUCUAAUUUUAUCCAUCCCUGGAAAAAAUCUCAAUUUUUGGAGUGUAGUGGAGUUGUUAAAGUUUACCUCCUGGCACUCUUUUCCAAGGCAGAUUCCUCAAAGGUAACCAGAGUAAAGGGCCCAUCCAUACCUGGAAAUAGGCCAUGGGCAUCCUGUCACUGCCAAUAAGCCACAGCCUACAUUGAUACCCCUUUGAUCUUAAAAUUAUAUCUUGAUGACAGAAAAAGUUUUGGACAAGAACGUCUAUCAUGUCAGAAGUAAUCGGUUACAAUUUUUGUUCUUUAGGAUCUUAGCUACUUAACAGCUUUGGGUUUGGAGAUAUGAAAACCUUACCUUCCUAGGGAAAAUAGCUAGGGUUUUUCCUAAUUUGGGUGGAAUUUUAAGGGAUAUCUUGCAUUUUGGGAUUCUCGGUAAUGAAUUGAGACCAAAUGGUGACAGACUUUGGGCCUGGAAACCUGUCUAGGCUCUGAACCGACUGAAAUGAAAGCCUAAAGCAGUAUCCGUGCUGAAAUGACUCUUAUUUAACUCUAUUUCCAAAACUGAGUGUCAGAAGGAUCUCUGGUGCCCAACCCAAAGCCUGACACAUAGUAGGCACAAUUAAAUGUAGUAGGGGUAGAGUAUGCUACAUUUUUGGUACUAACUGGAAGGAAUAAAUGUUUGUCACACAGAAACAUGUUUCGGCAGGUGGAUAUUUCAUUACAUUAAGGUGCACAAAAUUCCAGAAGUUUUUUUUUUUUAAGAGGAGGGGUCAGUGAUAGCCCCAAGAACUGAAGCUACCAUUCAUUCCAUUUUGUGUAGGCCAACAAAAGGGUAAUUAGUGAAAAGUUAAUUAUGAAUUCAAUGCUAGCAUAUUCUGCUCCAUUGAGAAGUAUUUGAGCACCCCUUAUUUAGCCCUUUAUUUUCUCUCUCUUGUGGGCUAAGGUGAGGGUAAUCUUACAGAUAUUAUAGGAACUUCUUUCAUUCUCAACCUUUAUGAAAACAAUGCAUAGUAAAAUAUAUUUAGAAAAUCUUUCUGUUUGAGACUCUUCUUUUAAUGGGCUUUUUAGUCUAGUGAUAAUUGUACCUUUAUGUUUCAAAAGCUGAUCUUCCCUACCUCAAGUAUCUCCCCCCAAAAUAUCUCAUUAAAAAGCCCACAAAAAGAAUAGGGGAAACAAAGCCUUAGGUAUCAAAUCCAAAACAGUGAUUGAAAUCUCCCCAAAUAAUUAUAGCCUAUAUCAUCUGCAGAGAUCAGCUGGCUUGGCUUACCCCAUAAUCUAAUUUCAGAAAGAAGAAAGAAAAAAAAGCUUUAUUUUAACACUCAUCUAAAUCAACACUAAAAAGCCUUUUCUCUAAAAGGGUUUAUUGAGAAACACAAAUGAAUAUACUUUUGAAUUAAUGUUAUCAAAAGUGUAUAGCUUCCUGUGCUCCUUGUGUCAAACUAAAACCUCCCUCCAAAGUACUUCCUUUCCUGUGUGGUUUUAUUUAAUCCUGCUGGUUGGAAAUAGCAUCUCAGACCUUACAAUCAAAUGACAAAGAAGGCAACUGAACUUUUAAGGAAUACUGACAGUGGGUUCUGUUUUUUUAAAAAGUAGGCUGUCUUAUUUUUAAUUAGGCUCUUUUUCCUGCUGAGUUGUAAAUUCUGGUGCAAUACUGGUGGACCACAACUGCCAAAUCUAAAAACUGGAAGUAAAGCAUCAUGCUAAUAUUACUGUAAUAUGAUCGAAUUUUAAUUUUGGUAUGUCCUUUUUAAAGAUAAUUUCAAUAGGAAACUAUAACCUGUAUGUCUUAGAACUAAAGAAAGUGUACAAGAAAGAAAACUAUUAUUUUUUAUCCCCCUAUAAGGUACAUGAAAACUUUAAGUGGAGAAGUUUUCUAUGUUUAAAUUUGUUUUUUUAUCUCAGCACAUUUAUGAGAAAAUAUUAGUCUGAAUAUUUUAUAAUUUUUGUAGGAAAAUAUUCUUCUAUUUUUUUCUUAACUUGUUUUACAUAGUAAUAAAAGUUAUUUUGGAAGCUAUUUGUGCAUGUCAUCAAU